AAGCGCUCCAUGUUAGCACUUCUGAGCUGCAGGAAACACUCCCAGUCUCAGCUCAGGUAUAAGGACUGCAAGGAAAAGUAGCCCAGCCACACUGUUGAGAUCUUCUGCUUUAGGUUUCUUUUGGGGACUCUUUUCCCAAAGUUGUGCCGACGUGACGCUGGAUUCACCUCAGAAGGAGAGUGUGGCGUCCUGAAGAAAAACUUUGUACCAUCCUGCACCACUGCUGAUCACAAUAAGCCCUGUGACAUGUCAACAGAAGUUCCCACAUUCAUACAGCCACUGCAGAACAUUGUGGCUCUGGAGGGCACAGCUGCGUCCUUUGAGGCUCAUGUCAGUGGUACCCCAGUUCCUGAGGUGAGCUGGUUUAGGGAUGGCCAGGUCCUCUCUGCCACAGCUCUGCCUGGUGCACAAAUCUCAUGCAGUGAUGGGCACGCCGUGUUGACAAUCCCUGAUGUGUCAGCCGCACACAGUGGACGCUUUUCUGUGCGAGCCACAAACUGUGUUGGCCAGGCUACUAGCACAGCUGAGCUGGUGGUCACAGUGUUUUCCGUGUUUAUAAAUCCCUCUGCAGCAGAAACCAUCCCACCCAACUUCAUCCAGAAGCUGCAGAGCGUGACGGUCAAACAAGGUAGCCAGGUGACACUGGCGGUACGUGUCACAGGGACCCCUACACCUGUGGUGAAGUUCCUCCACGAUGGAAAUGAGAUUCAGAGCUCUAGGGACUUCUGCCUUUUCCAUGACGGAGACCUUUACAGUCUGGUCAUUGCUGAGGCUUUCCCAGAAGAUUCUGGAAUGUUCUCUGUCAGUGCCACCAAUAGCAGUGGCCAGGCUACUUGUACAGCGCAGUUACUGGUGCAAGGUGAAGAAGAAGCCAUUCUUUCCAAGCAAACUAUCACUGUCAUUUCAUCUGAGAAGAUAUUUCAAGAACAGCAAGCUAGUGUUAUAAAGGUUGAAGACUCGAAGUCAGAACUGUCCCUGACAGAAGCUGCCUCAAAGCCACCAGCCAUUGUAAUUGGCUUGAACGACACCACCAUCACCGAAGGAGAAUCUGUGACUCUGGAAUGCCAGAUUUCUGGCUGCCCCAUUCCCAGUGUGGUGUGGUUCCGCGAGGAGUAUGAGAUCAAGAGCUCCUCUGACUUCUACCUUUUAUAUGAAAAUGGAUGUGCCCGCCUGGUGAUCCGUGAGGCCUUCGCUGAGGACAGCGGCCACUUCACCUGCACUGCAAGCAGCCAAACCGGCUCUGUGAGCACCUCCUGCUUCCUCACUGUCAAGGCAUCAGAGGAGGCUGAGAUCAAAGAAGCCAUGGGUAAUACCAGUGUCUCUAAGCACAUUGAGACUGAAGAGAUGCACGUUACCAUGGAGGCCAAAACUCAUGCCAUAUCUGAGGUGAAUGGAUUGGUGGAGUCAGAGGAGGGCAUGGCCCCAUUCUUUGUGACAAAGCCAUCCGUGCAGAGGUUGGUGGAGGGCAGAGCCGUGGACUUUGAGUGCCAAAUUGGUGGUAGCCCACAGCCCCAUAUUUACUGGAAGAAAGCUGGAGUACCCCUGAGCAAUGGAUUCAGGCAUAAAAUUCUCCAUGAGAAAGAGUCCGGGUUAUGCAGGCUGCAGAUUUCCAUGAUGCUUGCUGACGAUGCUGGACACUAUGUCAUCACAGCCCGGAACCGGUUUGGAGAGGCCUCUGCCUCAGCCAUCCUGCUCAAGGAAGAGGAAUAUGAAGCGCUCAGCAGGCAACACAGGCUGAUCUCUGGAGGGCAGGCGGUGAGCCUUGUGUAUGAAACCAAAGGGAGGGAAACCACCCCCAUGGUCAUGGGGGAGGUCCAGAAGAGGCAAGUUCUCAUGCAGAAGAGGACAGUUCAGCAGACACAGGAAUUCCACAUCUCUGCUUUUGAAGAGAGGAUAAUCCAGGAGAUUGAGCUAGGUAUCCUUCAAAGCAACUAUCAAGAGCUGGUGACUGAGGAUGGAGAGGAGAUGGUGAUGAAUGUGUCCGAGCAAGAGGCCAUGAAACCCACCCUUGACAUGCCAGUGAAGAGCCAAAGGAUGGUGGAAGGAACAAGGGUCACCUUCCAGUGCAUAGUAGCUGGAUCUCCUCUGCCCAAGAUUGCCUGGUACAAAGAUGGCAGGCGCAUUCGUCAUAGUGACCACUACCAGACUGAGGUUCUGCAGGAUGGAAUAGUCAGCCUCCAUCUCCCUGUGGUACUACCUGAAGAUGAGGGCAUCUACACAGUGCUGGCGUCCAAUGUGAAUGGAAAUGCCAUCAGCUCCGGGAAGCUCCAGGUGGAGCUCAGCGCAGCAAGUGUGGCUCGGCCAUUUGCCCCUCAGGCAGCAGCUGUCAAGCCAGUCUGCUCCACAUCUCCUCCUCCUGUGAGCCGCUCCUCUGAAUAUAUACUGGAGGAGAACAAUGAGGGUGAGAUGGAGAGGAUGUACCGGCCCAUAUUUGUCAUGAAGCCUUCCUCCCUCCGGUGUACCGAGGGACAGACUGCGAGGUUUGAUGUAAAAGUUGUGGGUAGCCCUAUGCCAGAGACCUUCUGGUUUCACAAUGGGAAGCCAGUGUGCAACGACUACACACACAAGAUGGUAGUAAAGGAAGACAGUGUUCAGUCACUGAUUGUGGUUCCAGCUCUUCCUGAGGACUCCGGGGAAUGGUCUGUCAUAGCCAAGAACAGAUUUGGUCAAAGCUCAAUCACCAUGAGUCUCACCGUGGAGGCUAAAGAAAUUAUUUCGCAACCUCGGUUUGUUGAGAAGCUGAAGAACAUCAGUGUCAAGGAUGGUGCAUCCAUCGAGUUUUCCAUUAAAGCUACUGGAAACCCUUUACCUGACAUUGCUUGGCUUAAAAACAGUGACAUAAUUUCCACUUACAAGUACCCAAAUUUCAGGAUUGAAGGCACAAAAGGAGAAUCUAAAUUUAUGAUCAGCCCGACCACGGCCCUGGACAGUGCCUGGUACACAGCUAUUGCUGUCAGCAAAGCAGGACGGGACACCACCCGUUUCAAGGUUAACGUGAAGGUGGAGUUCAGUCAGCCCACACCUGAAAAGAGGCUCAUCAUCCCGAAGGGUACCUAUAAGGCAAAGGAGAUAGCCCCUCCAGAGCUGGAGCCUCUGCCUAUUCGCUAUGGACAAGAGCAAUGGGAGGAGGGAGACCUGUAUGACAUGAAGAAGCAGCAGAAGCCUCACUUCAAAAAGAAGCUGUCAUCGGUUCGGCUGAAGCACUUUGGUCCUGUGCACUUUGACUGCAGGUUAAUCCCCAUCGGCGACCCCAAUAUGACGGUGGAAUGGCUGCAUGAUGGCCAGCCUCUUGCAGCAGCAAACAGGCUGCGCAUGACCAAUGAGUUUGGCUACUGCAGCCUUGACUAUGAAGUGGCUUAUUCUAGGGAUAGUGGCAUCAUCACCUGCAAGGCUUCAAAUAAUUAUGGAGCAGACCACACCUCUGCCACCUUGAUUGUGAAGGAUGAGAAGGGUCUUGUGGAGGAAACUCAGUUCCCAGAGGGCAUAAAGGGAAAGCAUAGGAUUGAGGAAAUUGAGCGUGUUUCCCAUGAGGGUCCCAGUGGUGUCACUGAUGAUGAGGUAUCAGAGAAAGCUAAACCUGAGAUUGUACUUCUCCCAGAGCCAGCAGUGGUGCUGGAAGGAGACACGGCCAGGUUCCGCUGCAGAGUGACUGGUUACCCAGUCCCAAAGGUAAACUGGUACCUCAACAAGCAGCUUAUUCGUAAGAGCAAAAGAUUUAGGCUCCGCUAUGAUGGUAUUUACUACUUUGAGAUUUCUGAUUGCAAGUCUUAUGAUGCUGGAGAGGUUAAAGUAAUGGCUGAGAAUCCUGUGGGUGUAGUAGAGUACUGUGUGAAACUGGAAAUCAACCAAAGAAAGGACUUCAGGUCCAUCCUCCGUCGAGCCCCUGAGCUGAAGAGUCCUGAAACUGGUCCCACCCCCGAGCAAGGUGGGCUUCCCUUCACAGUCAUCAAAAUUGAGGAGCCCCCUGAAACAACCCAGACAAAAGAAACUGUCAAACUGAAGAAGACUGAGCGAGUCAUCCAUGAGAUCACCACAGAAGAAACGGAAGAGCUGAAAAACAAAUUUAAGCGCAGAACAGAAGAAGGCUAUUAUGAAGCUAUUUCUGCCUUAGAGCUUAAAUCACAUAAAAAAGAUGAAUCCUACGAAGACAUGCUGAAGAAGAGAAAAGGAGAACUUCUUCACCGGACCAAAGAAGUGUCUGACAAAGAUAAGGUAGAGGAGCAAGACACAAGGACAGUUUCAGUUACCAGAACAGAAAAGGUACUGUUAGAUCCCAGCAUGAAGGCUCCCAAAAUUGUGGAUCGCAUCCAGAGCCAAACUGUUUCCGAGGGAGAAGAAGCUCACUUCAGAGUUAUAGUAGAUGGGGAACCGGCCCCUGACUGCCAGUGGUACAAGAAUGGGAUAGUGCUGGAGAAAUCUGAGCGCAUUAACUGGUACUGGCCAGAAGACAAGGUGUGUGAGUUAGUAAUUAAAGAAGUUUCAGCUGCUGACUCUGCAAGUAUCAUGGUUAAAGCAGUCAACAUCGCUGGGGAGACUUCAAGCCACACGUUCCUGCUUGUGCAAGCCAAACAUGUCAUUACAUUCACUCAACAACUAGAAGAUGCCACUGCCAAAGAGAAGGAUACAAUGGUGACCUUUGAGUGUGAAACCAGCGAGCCAUUUGUCAAAGUGAAGUGGCUGAAUGGCAAUGAAGAGAUCUUCCCUAGUAACAAAUACCGGAUGCACUCUGACCGGAAGGUGCACUUCCUCUCUGUGCUCAGCAUUCACACCAGUGACACUGCAGAGUACAGCUGUGCUGUGGCUGAUGCUGACCACAUCAGAACUUCUGCCUGGCUCACUGUCGAGGGUUCCCCACUGGAUAUUUUGAAGAAUCUGGAUAAUUUAGAAAUUCCAGAAUCUUACACAGCAACCUUUGAGUGUGAGAUGUCACGUGAAGAUGUAGAGGGCACCUGGUACUUUGAUGACAUGGAGAUCUCCCCCAGCACCAAAUACAUCAUAUCCUCUCGGCGUGGGAGGUACAGCCUCUCAGUCAAAGAUGUGAGGAGGGAGGACCAGGGGGAGUACACGUUUGUUGUGGGUGAACUGAUGACAACUGGCAAGCUGAAGAUGAAAUUGCGUCCUGUGACACUUAUGCAAGGCCUCUCAGAUCUAACCAUCUGUGAAGGUGACAAUGCUGAAUUGGAAGUGAAGCUCUCUCAAGAGAACAUUAAGGGCACCUGGUUGAAGAAUGGCCAAGCCAUUGAUACCACUGGCCAUGUCCGCUUGGUGACUGACAAGCUCACUCUCAAGCUUGUCAUCGAAGCGGCUGACAGGGAUGACAGUGGAAUAUAUUCCUUUACUGUUUCUGACCAGGAUAUCUCCACCUCUGCAAGACUGACUGUUCAGACAAUCAGCAUCUUGACCCCACUAGAGGACGUGGCCACAGUUGAGGGCACCAAGGCUGUUCUGGAGGCUAAAAUCUCUGCUGCUGAUGUUAGCUUUGUGAAAUGGUAUCAUGACGGUGAGCUGGUAAUGCCUAGUGAGAGAGUGCAAUGGAUUGCCAAGGGGUCCAAGCAGCGUCUAGUCUUCAGCAGGACGUUUGCCUCUGAUGAAGGUCAUUACAGACUGGCUGUAGGAAACACUGGAAGCGAGUGUCACCUGACUAUUGAAAACAUAGACAUCUUGAGGUCGAUGGAGGACCAAGUGUGUGCAGAAACCCAAAAUGUCACCUUUGAGGUGGAGCUGUCUCAUCCAGGCAUUGAUGCUGUGUGGACCUUCAAUAACCAGCAGCUUAAAGCUGGUGCAAAAUACAAAAUAGAAUCUGCUGGCCAGAGCUACACCCUAACAAUUGUGAUGGCCAUGAAAGAUGAGGAAGGGGUGUACAUGUUUGCUGCGGGUGAACAGACGUGCAGUGCAAGACUUACUGUUUCUGGCGGUGCUAUUAAGAGGCCUCUUCAGGAUGUGGUGGUUGCAGAGUCCCAGUUGGCUGAGCUGGAGUGUGAGGUGGCCAACCCCAGCGCCGAAGGCCUGUGGCUGAAGGAUGGCCAGCACGUGUUCUUCAGUGACAACAUACGGAGUCAGGAUGUUGGGGAACUCAGGCGCCUUGUCAUCAUCAUCACUAGGCCUCAGGACGUUGGGGAAUACACCUACCAGCUGGGCAACUCCAAAACAACCGCUCACCUCAAAGUCGAAGCUGUGAAGAUCAAGAAGACUCUCAAGAACCAGGCGGUGCUUGAGACCCAGGAUGCAGUAUUUGGUCUAGAGCUCAGUCACGAGGACAUGAAAGGUUCCCUGUGGACCAAAAAUGGAGUGGAGAUUCAGCCCAGUGACAAGUUUGAUAUGAGGAUAGAUGGUGCAGUCCAUACCCUGGUGAUCAAGAGCUGUACGACACAAGAUGAGGCAGUCUAUGGAUUAAAACUCGGAAAGCUCUUUGCAAAUGCCAGACUUAGUGUUGAGAUGGUAAAGAUUCUGAAGAAGCCUAAGGACGUGACAGCUCUGAAGGGUGGCACUGCAUCCUUUGAGCUGGGCCUCUCGCACAACGACAUCCCUGUGAAAUGGAUGUUCAACAAUGUUGAGCUAAUGCCCAGUGAGAAAUGUACCAUCCUGUAUGAGAAGAAGGUCCAUAAGCUGGUCAUUAAUGUUGUGGAUUCCCAUGAUGCUGGGGAGUACACCGCUGUGGUGGGCCAUCUCUACUGCAACGCUUCGCUCAGCAUUGACAUCUUAAGUAUAACAAAAGCCAUGAAGAACAUUGAGGUGGCUGAGAGCAAGACAGCCAUUUUUGAGUGUGAAGUAUCGCAUGUUAACAUGCCAUUCGCAUGGCUGAAGGCAGACAUGGAGAUUGAGCCUAGUGAGAAAUAUGGGAUUGGUGUGCAGGAUAAGGUCUACCAACUCAAGAUCAUGAAUAUUAGCCAAGAAGAUGCAGGAGAGUACACCUUCUUCUAUGGAGAAGACUGUUUGGUCUCAGCUACUUUGACGGUUACCCGGAAAACAAAGGACAGGACAUCCAAAGCUCAGGGCAAGGAAAGUGUGGCAGAAUGCUGAAGACAGAACUGGAAGGAAGAUUUUUUUAAGAUGGGCCAGAAUCAGUAGAUACCAUACAAAAACAACGUGUCUUUUCAGACUCUGAAGGCUGCUUAAAUGUAGUUUCUCCUGUUUACUAUCCAAGCUGAUGGUCAUGGCCUGAAAACAUUAAACUUCUUUUUCUGAAAAGAUUAAA